CUGACUUUCUGUCUGUGACUUAAAAACAAACCGGGUGGAAAAGAUGUGUUUGUUUUUCGCCAAACGCGAAGGCGUGUUAACGUUAUUUUAACUCCCAGCCUCUGCAAAGGCGGGUAAAGAAAAUGUUAAAGAGGAUAGAAAGUAUAUAAAAAAAAAAAUACCCACGUUAGUUGAUUAAGUGUAAUUGGUUUGUGUGUCAUGGAUGAAUCGAUACCUCUGCUGAAUCGACUCAGUUAUGCAGUCGGACACUUUUUAAACGAUUUGUGCGCCUCUAUGUGGUUCACUUACCUCCUGGUGUAUUAUCACUCUGUGUUGGGCUUUCAGAACACGUAUGCUGGUGUGUUAUUGUUAGUGGGACAGAUAGCGGAUGGAGUGUGUACUCCUCUGAUCGGAUAUGAAUCGGACAGGACGGCAGGAUGCGGCAGUUACGGCAAGAGGAAAACAUGGCAUUUAAUAGGGACGGUCAGCGUGAUCGUCUCUUUCCCGUUCAUCUUUAAUCAGUGUAUCGGCUGUAGCGAGUACACUCCACAGUGGGCCAGUCUCAUCUACUUCACCCCUUUCAUCGUCAUCUUCCAGUUUGGCUGGGCUGCGACCCAAAUCUCCCACCUGUCCCUAAUUCCCGAGCUGGUGAAGUCCGAGUCGGCCAAAGUGGAGCUCACGGCUUACAGAUACGCUUUCACCGUCAUCGCCAACAUCACCGUGUACGCCGUGGCCUGGCUGCUGUUCCAUUUCCAGUCUAAUGAAGAUCCGACUAUCACCGAUAACCUCGGGCCCGUCGACAUUCCCAUCUUCAGAAAUCUGAGUCUGAUCGUGUGGGCGAUCGGCAUGUUUUUCUCUCUGAUCUUCCACCUGGGCACGAGGGAGACAAAGGCUGGAUGUAGGGAGGAUGAGGAGGGAGCAGGAGAUGAAGGAGUACAGACGCCUCAUCUCAUUCGAUCCACACUGAACCCUCCUUCUGUGGCUCUGCAGUGGCGACACUGGCUCAAAGAGCCGUCCUUCUACCAGGUUGCACUUCUUUACAUGUGCACGAGGCUGAUAGUGAAUCUGUCCCAGACCUACAUAUCCAUGUACCUCACUAACUCACUGCUCCUGCCAAAGAAGUACAUUGCCACAAUCCCCUUGGUGAUGUACGUGAGCGGAUUCGUCUCCUCACUGAUCAUGAAGCCCUUCAACAAGCUGAUAGGGAAAAGUAUGGUCUAUUUUGUUGGUCUGGUCCUGAUCAUGAUCUUCUCUUACUGGGUUCUGGUGGACACUCAUAUGGGAGACGGUGUGUACGGCGCGGCGGUGUUGUUGGGGGCGGGGUCAGCCACCAUCCUCGUCAUGUCUCUGUCUAUGACCGCAGAUCUCAUCGCCGAUCAAACCCAAAGCGGAGCAUUUGUUUACGGGGCUAUGAGCUUUACUGACAAAGUGGCAAAUGGACUGGGAGUCAUAAUCAUCCAGAGCCUGCACCCGUGCCAUACUCAGGUGUGUUGUCCAGCGUGUGUAUGGUAUUAUCACUACGUGAUGGUGAUCGUUACGGGCGGAGUCGCCGUCGUAGCUGCACUCAGUCUCUGCACCAUUCUCAUCUGGCCAAUCAGGAUCAGCCAUCUGUCGGGGGAGCGACAGGUAAACGGCUCCACUAACAAUCGCCCUGACGGUCUCAGCGUGAUGCCCGGUCUGAUGCCAGACAGAGAAGAUUCAGACAGCAGCAGCGAGCCGACGUCGGUGAACUGAAUACCUCUGAAACGUGUGUAAAUCUGCACAGACUGAGGAUUACAGUGAACUGAAGUGAGCCUGAUGUUAUCUUCCUCUUUAUGCAGUUAUUUACGGAUACGUCCUGUGAGUGUGAGUGUGUGGACUAUUCUCAUGUGGGUAGCUGAAACACAUGUACAGGUCAUCGUCAUCAUCACUAACAGCACUACCCAAGUGCCCCAAAUUAUAAAUGGUUUUAUUUUGGCAUCUGGGUUUCACAAAAUGUCAGACCACCUUCUUAUGCUUGUGUGCAAGAGUGAGUGUGUGUGUGUGUGUGUGUGUGUGCGCGCACGAGUGUGUUCGCGUGUGUGUGUGUGUGCGCGAGCGUGUGUGAGUGCGUGUGUGCGUGCGUGCAAGAGUGUGUGUGUGUGUGUGAGUUUGUGCACAAUUGUGUGUGUGUGUGUGUGUGUGUGAGUGUGUGUGUGUGAGCGGGAGAAUGUGCGAGUGUGUGAGAGAGUGUGCGUGCGCGUGAGUGUGUGUAUGCGAGAGCCCGAGAGAAAUCCAUUCUGAAGACAUUUAAACCCUUGAUGUACAAAGGGACAAAGCAUUAUUUAUUAUUACCGUCUGUAUGUAAUAUAAUAAUCUACAAGAAACUGUGGUUCAGCUACAGAAUGUAGUCGUCAGUUACGACAUGUUUGCUCUCUCAUUAGGUUUUAUUUAUUUAUCAAUUACAAGCAAACGAGGUAAUGAUAUCAUUUCAUUUUUUUUUUCAACAAACAAAAUUCUUCUGUUGUUUUAUCCCACUGCGUGUGCACUAAUGAUGAUUCUGUCACAGACUCUGGGUCUCGUUUAUCAGUCUUUAAGUAGCUAAGGCCGCGUUCACACCGCAAGUCUUAAUGCUCAAUUCGGAUAUUUUGCUCAGAUCUGAUUUUUUUGUUUGUUUGGCUGUUCACAUUACCUUUUAAAAUGUGGCCUAUAUCAGAUAACAGUGUGAACCGUUUGCCGUUCCGAACUGACCCGCAUGCGCAAACGAACGAUGACGAUGACGUCACACGCAGCACGCCGUCGCGCUAAAAAGUCGGCGAGGUUACGGAGGAAGUAUUGUAUCAUCAUGUAAUGCUAUAAUGUGAUGUA